AUGGAUCCAGCAAGUUGUGGACCAUCAACUGCCUUGCAAAAUUUGAGCAAGCAUGCUCAGAGAGAUAAUUCUUUACAACAUCAGAGGCAUCAACACCCUCAACAACAAGGGCCCUCCAUUCACCAAUUUCGUCAAGGUCAACAAAUAGAUUCCAGGUUAAAUGCCGAUUUUAAACAAUUUAAUAGUGGGAAUGAUUUUGCUAACUCAUUUAUGAAUCAAAUGAAUAUAAAACCAUCUAUGCAACAACAGCAACAGCAACAGCAACAGCACCAACACCAACACCAACACCAACAACCAGGAUGGGUAAACGAUUUUUCAAAUUUGUCCAUUCAGCAACAACAACAACAACAACAACACCGCCACCAGCAAAACCAAGGGACUAAAUCAGAUUGGCAUCAACAGUUUAUGCAACAACAAAGUCAGUCCAAUAACUUACAACAUCAAUCUAACUUCCAACAAAUGACACCUAAUUAUGCCAUGGGGAGUUAUCAGAUGAGAAAUGGUACUACAACUAUGACACCAAUGUUUCAAAACCAAACUGAACAUCAGCAGCAACACAAGUUUGAGGAAGAACAACGUGCAUUUGAGAAACAAUUUGAUUUAAUUGAAAAGCAAUUGCAGAAUGAACCUGUCACUACUGAGGAAAACAUAAAUCAGGAUGAAGCUAAAGAAGAGUUUGCAAGAAUUGCUCGAAAGGCAGAAACAUCAAUGAAAACAAUAGAUUCACACGAUUCUGAGAUGAAUGAAAAAUUCCAAAAUUCGCAAUUCUUAAAACUAAUGAGUUCAAUAGGUAACAGAAAAGUAGAACUAGAGGGUGACAAAUUAGUGACAUCAGAUUCAAAAGAGGAUAUCAGAGAAAAGGGAAUACCCGAAACGACAACCACAACACCAAUAAUAACGUCGUCUAUGAACUCCCAAGAAGCUCAAUUUAGGCUGCAAGGGCCAUCGAACCCUGAUUCUGCCAGACAGAUGUAUGACCAAAUUCCACGACCAAAGCCAGCUAACAUUGCCAUGCCCCACCCCUUAUCAGGAGACAAUAUUCAGGAUCAACAACAAGAGUCAAAUGACCCACAUCAGAAUAGUUUACCUGAUCCAUUAGCUCAUAUACAAGAUGGUCAAUUAAGCGAUAUAAAUGAUCCAUUAACGGCAGCAAGAAUUAUAAGUGGUGGUCAAGUACAAACUAAUGACUGGGUGGAAGAUUACGAUACUAUAUCAGAUGCUCCUUCUGGAUUAGAAAGUAAUUCCAACCACAAUCAAAACGCACGUCCGUUUAGAAAAGGUCAAAUUGUUGACCAUCACUGGGACGAAAUGUACCGUGAUUACAGACAUGAUGAUGACUAUUUUUAA